AUGUCUGCCCCUGUCGUCGAUGGGAAGGAUGCGGUCACCGGUCACAUAAUUUCCACAACUAUUGGAGGCAAAAACGGUGAACCAAAACAGACUAUAAGUUAUACGGCGGAGCAUGUAGUGGGGACAGGAUCCUUUGGAAUUGUUUUCCAGGUACUGAAACCAAAAUGCUUGGAAACUGGAGAGACCGUGGCUAUAAAGAAAGUUUUGCAAGACAGAAGAUAUAAGAAUCGGGAACUGCAAUUGAUGCGCUUACUUGAUCAUCCGAAUGUGAUUUCCUUGAAACAUUGUUUCUUUUCCACCACUAGUAAAAAUGAGCUUUACCUUAACUUGGUUAUGGAUUACGUACCGGAGAGCAAGUAUAGAGCUUUGAAGCAUUACAGCAUUGCAAAUCAGAGAAUGCCACUCAUCUAUGUGAAACUUUACACAUACCAGAUAUUUAGGGGGCUUGCCUACCUCCAUAAUGCUGUGGGAGUUUGCCAUAGGGAUUUGAAGCCUCAAAAUGUUUUGGUUGAUACUUUGACACACCAGGUUAAGAUUUGCGAUUUCGGAAGUGCAAAAGUGCUUGUCAGAGGUGAAGCUAACAUUUCAUACAUAUGUUCGCGUUUCUAUCGGGCACCAGAACUUUUAUUUGGUGCCACGGAAUACACAAACUCAAUUGAUAUCUGGUCAGCCGGUUGUGUUCUUGCUGAACUUUUGCUGGGCCAGCCAUUGUUUCUUGGGGAAAAUGCUGUGGACCAGCUUGUAGAGAUUAUCAAGGUCCUAGGUACACCCACUAGGGAAGAAAUUCGUUGCAUGAAUCCUAAUUACACAGAUUUUAGGUUUCCACAGAUUAAAGCUCACCCAUGGCAUAAGGUUUUUCACAAAAGGCUGCCUCCUGAAGCAAUUGAUCUUGCUUCACGACUCCUGCAAUACUCACCAAGUCUUCGCUGUACAGCUCUUGAAGCAUGUGCACAUCCCUUCUUUGAUGAGCUUCGAGAACCUAAUGCUCGGCUACAAAAUGGACGACCCUUACCACAACUGUUCAACUUUAAACAGGAAUUAUCUGGGGCUUCGCCGGAGCUUAUUAAUAAGUUGAUUCCGGAUCAUGUGAAACGGAAAAUGGGGCUACAACAUUUAAUGCAUCCUGCUGGAACAUAAAACUUUGGAAGUGAUAUAAGAUUUGAUCUGGCCUAGAUGAUGCCGUGACACAAAGGAAGUACCAUCUCUGGAUUACCUUGAUUGAGGGCCUGUCUAGCUUCUAUCAUUUUCUACUCUCCCCUGCCGCAUGCAGUAUCUGGCAGCUGAAUGGCUAUCAUCACUUCAUCGUUUUACUUGAAUUCUACCUCUCUUGCCCUUUUGUUAUAUGAGUUUUGCUUUUCGUCAAAAAACAUUUUUCUGUUAUGUACAUGUAACACGUUUGAUAGUAAAAAAGAUUAGACUAAGGUAGACAACAGACCACAAAUGUGCUAGUGGAGGAAAAGUUUAGUGUAUUUGUUACUAGGAAGGUCCCUCAUAGAAAUGUCUGGAAGACAAGGGGGUGGUUGGUUAUGCGCUUUCGUUAUGUUUUUGUUUAUUUUGGUGGCCGACUUCAAAUUGCGUGUUAUUACUGGUUAUUCAAAGUAAUGUUAUUACUCUUGCUACCGUUGUCAGCCUGUCAUUAUGUUCCAACCAUUUCAUUGAAGCUGUAUCGCGGAGCUGAUGGCUAGCAUUUUUCUUAAGCCUUUGAUGAAACUGACUGGCAAGUUCCACAGGGAAUAUGGCUUGUUGGGCAUUGCUGUAACCCAGCCGAAAGAGGAAUGAAGGUCGAACAGAUCAGUCUGAUGCCUUGUGCCGUUUGGUCAUUCCUUCGAUUUUCGAUAUGGAGUAGAGAAAAUGUAACGAUUUUUUGUGCCCAAGGCCAAGAUUAUGCUCGUAGCAUUGACU